CCAGCGCCAUUUUCAAAACAAAUCAGACAUGUGUGUAUAACUUGGUAUCAUCAAUGAACACUGCAGAAUAGAAUAGAACGAAAGGAACGCGGUCUGAUAAUCAAAUUUGAGCAUCGUGAAGUGGUAUGGGAGGAUCAGAAAGCAGUGGACAAAUGGAAUAUGCCAAAGUGUGUGAAAUGUGAACAGCCAUGGCUUCCAGUCUCCACAGAAUUCAGAAGGGACAGUAUCUCCUGGGGAGGACACUAUUCACUGCUGCAGUAGCGCCUAGGUUGGUGAAAUUCAACACUGUAGAGGUGGUCUCAUCCCCUAGCCUCUCUGAGAUCAGGAAGUUUUUCAAGGACAAUGGAUGCCAAGUUUCAACAGGCUACACAUGCUUAAAGCUGGUAUGUCCUUACUGUGUAGAUCAUGAUGCCGAGGCUGAACGGAGUGCCAAAUCCAAGGAGAAGCAACUAUUUGUGAAUAUGACCACAGGUCAUUGCCAAUGUCAGUGCAGCAGAGUAUGCAGUUCUUGGCCCAACCUUACCGACAGCCUUGCCAUCGCCAGGAGACAGACGAAGAAGAAGAAGAGCGCCCUCAAACUACCCAAGGAGCAGUCUUGUGAUCAAGAUUGGAGGUCACAGGUCAAAGAUGCCGAGGAACUGUGGGAGAAGGGCACCGGGUUGAGUGAGCUGCGGAGUGAUGCAUUUCGAAAUUUGAAGGACAGGUUUGGUGCAGCACCACUCUCUAUAGAAACCUUCGAUAGAUUUCAUGCUAGAACAGACUCCAAACGCAAAACACUGAUUCUGCCACAGUAUGGGCCAGAGGGGCAUUACAGGGGAACAGGCUUGGUUGAGAAGUGUAAACAGGACCCGGAUGACGAGGAAGACUUCCAUUCGCAUCGUGUGCAGUCAAAUGUCCUUCCAAGGGAUUUUUCUCCUUGUCUAUUUGGAUACCACCUGAUUCAGCCUCAGCAGACAGAGGUCAUUCUAACUGCUAAUGAACUGGAUGCUAUGGCGGUCAAUGAAGUGACCGGUCAGACGGCUUUAGCCCUCCCGAGGGGUACAGCUUAUCUUCCACAAGAGGUUUUGCCGCUUCUAGAGCAGUUCCAGAAGAUAGUGCUUUGGUUUGGCAAUGACAUGCGGUCAUGGGAAGCAGCGAAAAGCUUUGGAAGGAAACUCAAUCCCAAAAGGUGUUAUUUCAUCAGACCUCUUGAUGCUCAUCCUGCCCUGCAAGCCCUAACGAAUGGUCUGAGUCUCAAGAAUAUCCUCAGACAAGCCACGCCCAUGAGCCAUAAGUCGAUUGUCUCUUUCCGUUCUCUUAGGGAUGAGGUUCUUGGAGAACUCUCCCAUGCAGAGCAGGUCGCUGGGGUUAAGUGGAAAAGAUAUCCUCUUCUCAACAAGCAUAUGAAGGGACACAGGCGUGGUGAAUUGACCGUCUUCACUGGACCAACAGGGUCUGGCAAGACCACCUUCAUGGCCGAAUAUUCCCUGGAUCUGUGCAUGCAAGGGGUCAAUACACUUUGGGGCAGUUUUGAGAUUCAAAAUGUCCGGCUUGCCAAAAUCAUGCUGACUCAGUUUUCGAUGUGCAAUUUGGAGAAGAACAUUGAUAAGUUUGACCGUUGGGCAGACAAGUUUGAGCUGCUCCCCUUGCAUUUCAUGACAUUCCAUGGCCAACAGAGUCUCAAGACAGUUAUUGAUGCCAUGGCUCACUCCGUCUAUGUCCACGACAUCGAGCAUGUGAUCCUUGACAAUCUCCAGUUCAUGGUGGGCGUGUCAGAGCGCCAUCUAUCGGUCGACCGCUUUGCAAUCUAUGACAACAUCAUCGCUGCCUUCAGGAAGUUUGCGACGGAGAACAACUGCCACGUUUCGGUGGUCAUCCACCCAAGGAAGGAGAAGGAAUCAGAUGAGCUCCAGACGGCCUCUAUCUUUGGUAGCGCUAAGGCAAGCCAAGAGGCUGAUAAUGUCCUGAUCUUACAAGACCGUAGGUUUACUGCUCUAAGGGGUAAAAAGUAUAUACAGGUGGUCAAGAAUCGAUUUGAUGGUGACCUGGGUAUCAUUCCGCUGACCUUCAACAAAGAAACCCUGACCAUGUCCCCACCGGUCAAGCAGAAGGCCAAACGUCAGACCAAGAAAGAAAAGGAAGGAUCGGAUGCAGAGCGGAAGACGGCGAAGACAGAAGGAGAGGAGUAUGAACUCUUUGAAGGCAUGAUGCUGAAGAGUAAAGAUGAGUCUGAGAUUGGGAUUGGAGAAUGAAGUGUUCGACCAAAGUGACGCUAAACUCGAGAGUUAAAAUGAGUUUGGAGGUUGGGAUCAGCGAGUAAAACAAAAUCCAUGUUAAAGUUUUCGCUCAAUAAGGUGGAAACUCAAUGAGUGAAGAUGAGUCUCAGAUUUAGAUAGGAGAGUGAAAUUGACCCCUCUUUGAGUGUUUACUCAAUAUAAUUCUAACUAAAGAGUUAAAGUGAGGUUUUAAGUCAAGAUCAGCAAGUUAAACAGAAUCCUUGUUAAAGUUUUUGAUCAAUAUGGUGCUAACUCAAGAGUAAAAAUGAAUCUGAGAUUAGGAUUGGCAAGUGAAACUGAUCCCUCUGUGUUUACUCAAUAUAAUUCCAACUCAAGAGUUAAAAUGAGUUUUAGAUUGAGAUCAAUGAGUGAAACUGAUUCAUCUUUAAAUUGUUUGCUCAUGAUGCUUACUCAAGAGUAAAGAUUAGUCUGAUAUAAGUCCAACUCAAGAGUUAAAAUGAGUUUUAGAUUGGGAUCAAUGAAUGAAACUGACUCAUCUUUAAAGUGUUAUCUCAUGCUGCUAACUCAAAGAGAAAAGAUGAGUCUGAUAUUGAGAUCGGUUAGUGAAAUGAUUCCUUGUUAAAGUGUAUGCUCACUAUGGUGCUUAACUCAGAGGAGGAAUGAGCCUGAAAUUGGGAUCGACGAGUGAAACAGACCCCUUAAGUAUUGUGAUCAAUGAGUGAAACAGACUUGUAGACCUUUAAAGUGUUUGCUCAAUGGUGCCAACUCAAGAGUAACAACAAGUUUGAGGUUGAGGUCCGUGAGCGAAACCGACUCCUUGUUAAAUUGUUUACUCAAUAAAUAUCAUGCUAACUCAAGAGUUAGAAUGAGUUUCACAUGACGAAAAGCUUCCAUUUGAGAACACUAUACCCCAGUUCCCCUUCUCAUCAAUUCUCUUCUCCAGCCGUAACUGCC